GACACGCAUAAAAAACAACGAUAGGCACCAAAACCUCUUUUCUUCUCUUCAUUUGCUCUCUCCAAGUCUCAAUUCCAAAACAAUACUAACAAUGGAGGCAAUGAAGAUGAAGCUUUUCGUGACGGUUUUGGUGGCAAUGAUAGCGUUCUCUACCGUUCAACAGACGGUUGCAGUGGUUGACGCUCCCGCGCCGAGCCCUACCUCCGAUGCUUCCUCAUUUAUCCCUACUUUCUUUGCCUCCGUGGCGGUGAUGGCCUUUGGGUUUCUCUUUUAAGAAGUUUCUUCUUUGCUUUUUAUGUUUUAAAAUCAACUAAUUGAUGUUUAAGUCUGAUCUUGUUUGUGUCUCUUUGAGUAGCUGAUUUUAUAUUGGUUAUGUUUGAUGUAUCGUUGUUGAAUUUGACUCAUUCGAUUCGAAUAUCAAUAAAAUUUCUUAUUAUUA